AGAGGUGGUUCUCAGAGUAGGAAUCAGACAUGAAGAUGAAGGCUCUGGUGAGAUCUCUCCUCUUGCUCGCUGUGGCUAACCUGCUGGUCAGAGGUCAGACCCAGACUGAGACCAGGUAUGAAGACAUCAUCACAGCUGCUUCAAAUCAGCUGCUUCCUGUGGAAGAGCAGGCUUUCCAUCCGCUUCUGAACCAGCUGGAAGUCGAGACUUUGAAUACAGAGGAUGUGGACCAGUCUGAGGUGUCUGUAAGGUUGAGCUUCCCCCUGCAGGAGACGCUCUGCAGUAAGGCACAGGGGCAGCGAGGCCAACCAUGCCCUCUGAAGAAAAAUGGGAAACGAAUGAUGUGCAGCAUGGAGGUCAGACAUCCGAUUCUGGAGACUGGCAACACCCUCAACACUGACCGGUCUGACAUUUCUUGUGAAUACAUGGAGGCAGAAGUUCAGAAGAUUCGGACAAGAAGAGGCAAGGACAGCGGAGGCUCUGGGGGCUCUAAGAUGUGGGGUUGGAGAGGUCGUCCUGGGAGUCGCUCUCGUCCUGGGGUUGGCUCCGCCAUUGCUGGAGCUAGCGGAGUAAACCAUGUUGGAACUCUCACUGCAUAGAACAGCACAACACACCCUUGGAUAACUACAAGAUAUCUCACCAAUCAAAGAAACUUCAAAAGCACUCAAAGUUGUGGUUAAUGGGUGAACAUGCAACUUUGAGCUUUUUAAAAAAAAAUGCUUCUGGUAACUCUUUUGUCUACAUUAUGAAUUGUUUUGUAUUUUGUAGCUAUCAUUGUUUGUAAUAAUGUACCUAUUCAUACAUGCCAAUCUUUGAAUUUUAACUACGGAAAAUUAUUUCCAGUUCAUGUUUACUGCACUAAUAAACUGCUAAAUAAGUUUUCAAAAGACACUGUGUGUAAAAUAUGUAAUUUCAUGGCAGUUUAGGAGGUUUUUGAGAGCUCUAUGUUUUUGUGUUUAUUGUUCUUUAAAAAAAGAUCAUUUCUCUGUUGUUCUGUUAGGCCGACAGUUUAGGCUUUGCUGAAACAUGUCGGGAUGGUUUCCUGGACACAGAUUGAGUUAAGAGCAGUGACCUGUCAUUCAGGGCAGGUUGGGGCAGAGCCCCACAUGUUUAGCCAGACAUUUGCCGGUUUUGCAUGUUAUUUUGGCAUUAAUACGUGUCACAUAUCAGUUUGCCAACAAUGUAAAAAAAUAUAUAUUUCAUUGACAUAAUAAAGCAGCAUACAAA